AUGGACGAGAUAACUGCUGCUCAACCACCUCGCGUGCCCUUUGGCACAGACUCACUCAUCAUCGUUGUUGGGGACGAAGAACAAGAAUUCCUCAUCCACAAGAAUCUGCUCUGCGCCGCCUCAGACUCCUUCGGCGAUACCUGGAAGUCAGCAUUUAUGAAAAUCGAGGAUCGGAGGUACCGCCUUCUAGGCGAAGAACCGGCCCUGUUUCAGCUUGUGCAAGACUGGCUAUACUCGGGUCGCGUACCAAAUAAUGUCUCCUGCUACAUGACCAAAGAAAAGAGUUAUCACACGGAUGAGUUCUGGUGGAAUGUGUAUCGUAUGGGAGCCCGGCUGGGAAUGGGCAGAAUCAAUCUCCUAGCAGUCGAGAAACUUCAGACGCUGUUCUGGACCACUUGGUCUCUUGUUCCCAGCACUGCCUUCAUUGCGGCCCUUUUCGGGAGUCAGCUUAGCCCGCAGUUGGAGGAAUUCGUCGUGGGUCACGUUGCAUACUGGCUGCAGCGCUCAAGAGCAAAUCACAUCUGGACGCCUCUGCUAGAUGCGCAUGAUCGGUUUGCCUCGAACUUGGCGUAUGCCAUGAUGAGGAGCAUCCGCCACGGUCUUGCAGCGCAUCCACUCGAUCCCACGCAUGGAGUCAUGAGUCCUUGGGAGCAUCUCCAGAUCUGUCCGAUCAUCGGCAAUGGUGGGCAUUAUGUUGUGCAUGAAUCGGCCACCGACAAUGGAGUCGAACAGGAUGAGACUGAACAGACAACGCGCUGGAAUGACGGGACGCCCUGGCCACCUGCCACAUCGUCAUUCGAAGGUUCCCCCGACUCCUCUGGCCAGUCUGCCAGAGCAGAGUUGACCAGCCCUGCGCUCAUUGAGUCGAGGCUUGACGCAAUCAAUGCCAUGCUUGACGAUCUGAGAGACAACAUGGCUAUGCGACAGGAAACACCCAUCGAAGGUGGAGUCCCGGAAAACAACGCCAUCGACACAAGCGGUGACGACCAUUACCAGUGUGCUGUCAAUGGGGAACAAGCAGAUGGCGAGUGGAAAGAGUGGAAAGGGGAAGAUGAUGGAUGGUAUGAGGAAGAGGACCAUUCUGAGAGCUGGGGAGGGCAGAUGACUCCUGACAGUAAUGAGAGCCUCAACGCUGGCUGCGAGGAUCGAGAAGAUGGGUCUUCCCAUUGA